AUGAUAACUGCUUCCGACCUGGAAGAAACCCCACCAAUGAGGGGUUCUCGACGACUUAAGGUUUUGGAAACCCACUAUGAAAGUCCUCUCGAGAAACUAGAACAUCGGGAUGCUCCUGACGAUGAAGGUGAAGAGACGUCAAGUGUUUCGAGCGAUACAGAUUCUGAGGAAGGGAAUCGAGAAGAAGAAGAUGACUAUCUUGAGGGUGAACUCGACAAGGAUGAAGAUGAUAGUGAUGGUAGUGUCGAAAAUGGGCAAGACAUACAAAGCAGUGAUUCAGAUGACGAAGAAGAGUCUUCUGAAACCGACACAAUUAAUUCGAGCCGUGUGGUUACUGAAAGUGAACCUAUCACUUUACCGAACGGUCGGGUUAUCGUCAUCAAAGUGGAUGAAUCAAGCAACUUUUCUUCCAACGGAAAGGUCGGCGUGGACACCAAAACGCCUCUGUCUGUGCAAAUGAAGGAGCAGAUGAUGCGGCGGGAGCGUCUGUCUCGCCUGCUGUACAGGGAGAAGGGUCAGGUCUUCGCCCGGCCCGUGUCGUUCGCUGCGCUGCGGCAGCACAAACGUCUCGUCAAGAAGCUGCAGCUGCAGCAGCAACAGCUGCACAGGCAACAGAGGCUCAAACAAAUGCAACAGAUGCGUCUUCUUUAUCACCAGGACUCCAGCGUUAACGUUACCAACGUUGCGAACGUUGAUGAUGCUAAUGUCAACACUGGCAACGUUGAGAACGUUAUGAAUGCCAAGACUUGCAACGUUGCGAACGUUGAAAACGAUGCAAAAUCCAAGACUGGCAGCGUUGCGAACGUUGAAAACGUUGCGAAUGUCAACACUGACAACGUUAUGAACGUCGAAAAUGUUGCUAAUUCCGACCCCCGCAACUUUGCUAACGUAGAAAACGUUACUAAUGCCAACGAUGCAAACGUUGCAAACGUAGAAAAUUUUGUAAGUGGUGGAAAUGACGCAAACGUUGUGGGAGUUACAAACGUUACAAAAUUCGUCAAUGUUCACGCAGUCCCAAACGUUGGAAGUGGUGCAAACGUUAGUGAAGUUGGUGACGUUAGUAGAGUUUCUGACAAAAAUUCUCCGAAGGUCGAACGCUGUCCAACGCUGCAAGCCAACGCUGAAAAUGCUGGACCAAAAUCAACAGUUUUACCUGACGAUGGUGCAAUAGCCGAUGUGGGAGAUCGUGUUGUGAAGUCAACACAUGCAAUUACGAGACCUAAUUCAACUACGUGCAAAUCUGACUAUGAUUCGUCGGAAUCAACAGCGAAUUCAACAGACGAAAAUGUUUCUUCAGAGACAAAAACAGGGAUAAUGGAACCUUCCCGAUUGCUUGUUGAUGCUCCUUCUUCCUCUUUGUCUGUUGAUAGCCCCAUGGCAGCCUCUGAACCUUCCCCGGAUCCUUCCCCAUCUCCUGUUCCUCCUCCUGCAAUGUCCCCACAGUUGAAGCCACAGGAAAUUUCCCCAGCACUUUCCCCACGAAAGAAGGUUGAAAAAACUUCCCCCAUGGGUUCCCCACGCUUGAAGCUGGUAGAAAUCCCCCCCGCCGCGGCCACCCCUAGCCCCAAAGCCCGGUCCCCAAGCGUGGGGCAAGCGUGCGCUCUUCCCCUACUUGUUCUACCCAAGUUCUCCGGUUUCCCCGCCUCCCCACCAUCCCCCACUGACCCCUACUCUAAACUCCCCUCGUUUAUAUACAAGUACCAUUUUCCUGACCCCCCUCUGCCCCCCGAACACCUGAGGGUGAGGGAACCCCCACCCGAGGAGGGGGCGCGACAGAAGGUUCUCUGCAAGAUCAUCGCCCAGCGUCCUGCUGUCAACCGUACCCAAGUAUUUGACGCUGCAGUGAACAGCUUCGAUUUUCUUUCGAUGAACGACGAAGACUUCGUGUCUCUGAGGCCCGAGGCGCUAUCCUUAAGAAGGAGAUCGAGUGUCCUAAAAGGGGAUAGUAAUGUCAGCAAGAUUAAUGUGAGUGACAGCAACCGGGAUGCGAGUGUCAGCAAGAGGGACGCGAGUGACAGCAGCGGUCACACUAGUGUCAGCAAGUCGGAAGCAAUUGCCAGCAAGGGCGUUGCCAGUGACUGCGAGGGUGAUGAGAAAAUGUCAAACGCUCGUAAACUAAACAAUAAAGAUAAUGUCUCUAUGGCAGAAACUAAGUCAGGGGCAGGUGAAGAGAGAAGAACUUCAGAAGGUUCCAUUUUAGUGUUAGGGGGCACCGCUCUAGCGUCGAGGGACAAGACGCUAGAAUCAGGGGACACGGCCCUAGAGUCAGGGGGCACUAGCCUAAAAUCAGGGAACACGGCGCUAGAGUCAGAGGGCACGGCUUUGGAUCCAGGGGGAACUAUUCAAAAGUCAUCUUGUACCCCAGCUGGAAAUAACAUUCUUCUCAGGGACAAAAUUUUUUCUGACUCUAAUGUACAAAGAAACAAAGUGGCGUUUGUACUUAACCGCCAAGAAAACGGGGAAACCUCUUUUGGAAACAAUGCAAACACUCCCGAAAAAGAAGAAAUCAUUACCGGAAACAGGAAAUUCAUAUUCGGAGGAGAUGAAACAGGUACUGGAGCAGGAGAAAUCCUUACCAAUGCAGAAAUCGCUUCGGAUGAAGAGAUUUCCUCACCAGAUUCGUCAGCAGGUGUCAGCCGGCUAGAGGUGGUUCCAUCAGACCCGUCAGCUGGUGUCAGCCGGCUAGAGAUGGUUCCAUCAGACCCGUCAGCUGGUGUCAGAUGGCAACCGUCUUUGUUCACCCAGCGCUGCCUUGCAGCUCACAACCUCUAUCGCCUGCGACACUCGUCGCCGCCUCUCGUGCUUGAUCCCCAGCUCUGCUGGUUGGCCCAGUCGUGGGCCAAUGAAGUGGCGCACACGGGGGUGGUCCGGUACCGCGCCCACCCCCGCCUCGGAGAGAACAUCCUCUGCAGGACCGACAGGCGCGUUAGGGGUCGGCUGCCACCCCCGCCAUCAGGGGAGGAGGUGGCGGCCGCGUGGUACAGCUCGGUGCGCCACUACAAGUUCAGCAGGUGCGACGCUGCACUUGCCGCCUGCGCCGGACCGUUCAGCCAGAUGGUGUGGAUGAACACCCGUUUUUUCGGGGUUGGUAGAGCCGUUAACCCUGCUACGGGCAAGACAACCGUGGUAGCUUACUACACCCCACCAGGGAACCAAAGCGGACAGUUUGGGGCUAACGUGAGCCCCCUGAGCACCCGCGCCCUAGCGGCGGAGCUUGUGUCCCAGCAGCACCGUGGCCUGCAGCAGGACAGGGACGCAAGGCUGCGCUCCCGCAGGUCUCUGCGGUCGAGGCUUGCCAGAACAGACGACGAAAGCAACACAAAACAUGGAGAAGAGCGUCCCUCAGUCACCCAGAGGCUGACCCCCGACAGCGACCCCCUCUCUGUGGGGGUGGGGGCCCCCGACAGCGUGUGUGGGGGUGGGGGCGCCGUCAAGGUGCGGGGGGUGCUGGGUAGCCAGCGCAGGAACAUCGCCGGUAUCAUGGCUACCAAAAUAUUCGCAGCACAUCUUCUAGGACGCUUCAUACACGAAUUCCACCCUGUAGACUUUUUGAAGCAGAACAGCAACCUCGCUCCGCCGAGACAACCGCUAAGCCCCGACUGA